UAAAACGUAUAAUUUUCAGGGUUAAGUAAGCAGUAUUUUUCAUAACUUUUAAGUUAGUUUGACACCAAAGGCCCCGUUUAGGUACAGUGACAACUUUCUUUUGUUUUUCAGCAACGACAUACCAACCCACUAUGACGUCAUACGAGACCACGUUGCCAAAUAACGGCCUCUCUUUGGAAAGUACAACUCGAGAUAUCUAUAAUUUAAAAGAGGAACUAAAUGAUACCGGUGCUAUUGUGGGCGGGGUUAUCGGAGGACUGGUGGUGUGUGUUGUGAUCGGGGUUCUACUCGUGUUCCUCUGGAAAAGACGGUCCGCACAGAAGCCCCCUAUUCCUCAAACACACAACCGUGAUGAUGACGUCACGGAGGCACAGAUCGUCAGCCGACCCAACGCUGGUUACGACAACAUUAACUCCCGAUACUCGCUGUACCAGCUUGAGAGAGACGACAAUGGCACACCCUGGAAUCGUGCUGCAGAGACGAAUGUCAGCGACUUGUACUCCAAGGUCAACAAAACCGGAAGAGCGGCCAACACUUCAGGAGACGCUGCAUUCUCGGUUGGAUCCGCCGCAAGAACAAAUCACCAUGGCGACUACGACCGAGUACAAGGGGAAGCUGCACAUUUUAAAGUGCAUGGAGAUUACGAUCACGUGGUCAGACAUUCUUACGGUGAGAGCAGUUCUAAUGACGUUAUUGGCGGUGUCACGGGAAAUGCUGACGUCGACAUGACGUAUAAUCAGUUGCAUCGAGGCAGGGCAGUUCCAGCCAGGACUGAGACCGAGGCUAAUCCUUAUGAUGUUCUGAACAGGGCUAACACACGGGCAAAACAAGAUCUGGACGCUUGACUAACUGCCAAGGUGGUGACUUGUGAACGUAAGGGAUUGCGACAGUGGCAGUAUAAGUAGUUCAAAAGCUGUUCCAUGAAAGGAAAAGUGGCUGUUUGACGUUUGUAGUUGGACCACGUACAUCAAGGACUGAAAACACUUUCCUUACUGCAUUCAAUUGGCUUUUGGAAUAUUACCUAUUCAAUUCGUUCUGUCCUAUCACGUUUGCUUUUGAGGGCUCGCCCUAUACACAUUAG